AUGGAAAUCCAAAGUUUCCAUAACGGUGUAAUUAAUGUCCAUCCUUCAUUGCUGCCCCGUUGGCGUGGGGCCUCGCCUAUUUCUCAUGCGUUGGCAGCGAAUGAUCGGAUAUCUGGAGUCACAAUAAUUCAAAUUCCACCUAAAAAAGGUUUCGGAAUCGAUUCAGGCUAUGUCCUCUUGCAGCGUGCUGUAUCACUUGACUGUUCAUCCCCAGUUAUACAAAAAGGCUCUUUUCUCCCUGCCUCAACUAAGGUUCAUGAAGCGCCUGUCAGUAUUGGUGAUUCAUGUUCUCAAGUUUUUGAACAUGCAGAGAAUUUUUCUUCACGAUAUCCACUUCAGUUACAUCAAAAAUCAUCAACUGGUGUAGAUGCCUCAUCUAAAUUGCAUAAAAUUGUCACCUUCGCUGACCUUUUCAACCUCUUAGUCGCUCUC